GGGGGGGGUUACUUUCAAAGCUCGUUACUGUUACAUUCUACAGUACACUGUACAUUGUAACAGUACAUUGUACACUGUAGGCUGUAUCUUAAACGUCAGAUUUUGAGAAACACUUUGUUAAGCAGUGUUGUGCCAUGUUGUGAACAUACGAAUACUAGCACUGUAGUAAUAAUAUUUCUAUUAUCUUAUUCCCACCAUGCACUGAACUACUGUACAUUGAGCAAAAUGCAGUUUGUUGGGUCUGAGAAGAAGGAGGAAGAACUGCGUUGAAGAAGGUGCCUCAAAAGUUAAUUGUGAUCACUGCAGAUACUGACAUUGAACUUUGGAUGAGGUGAAGCUAUUUGAGAAGAAUCAUCUGAUAGCAGAAGUCUUACUUUCAGGGCUCUUCAAGUGGACCGAGCUCUUCCAUUCCUUAUCUGAAAUGACCUACUCCAGAGAAGCUAAAUGCUGAUUCUAAAGAGUGCAGAGGAUUCCUAAAUCUUCAUGGGAUCCAUUCUGAUCUGCAAGCUAACAAAUUCUCUACAUGCAGACAGCCUGAGAGAGUAUUUUCACCGCUUUGUAACCCUCAAGCUUCUGAGCCACCCACUCCCUUUUGAUUCCGAGUGACUCAGGGUAUUCAGAGGAAUAUUAGUUCAGGGGCAUCUGACAUUUCAGCCCCAGGAGGCUUAUCUGACUCUUCUACUACUCCAUGAUAUGUGUCUGAGUUCCCGGCAUAAGUAGGGGCUUCUGUUGCUCCAGCCUCAGGAGAAACAUCUGAGCUUCCAAUCUCAGGAGCGGUCUCUAGUGCCACAAUCCCAGUAGGGGUUUCUAGUGCCAUGAUCCCUGGAGAGGUUUCUAAUGCCAUGAUCCCAGGAGGGGUCCAUAGUACCAUGGUUUUAGAUGUGAACUCCUGAACUGGUUGCAACAGGGAAUUUUGGCUUUACACUUUCUUAGACUGCCACCGUGUUGGUCACCAGUCUGAGUACCACUUUAUCAACUUUGUCUUUAAAUACUACACAAUCAAUCAAGGCUUCCAGCAUUGUCCAGGUCCAAGAAGGGCCAUCCAAUUCAUUGGUCCAGUCAUGGCCAUCCAUCAUUCCAGCACAGUUAGGGUUAUUUGAUAUUUCUGUGCAGCCUUGGGAGAAUGUGCCUUCUCUUCAGCUUUCGUCCAGUGCUCAGUCCUCUGGUCCUUUUGAUCCUGAACAAGAUCAGGCUUUGUUGGACAAAUACAUUAAAGACUUCCAAGCUGUCAAGUAGGGAAACAUUUCAAACCAAACUCAAGACUCACAAUCUAUAUUUAAUGGUUGGUUUCACCUACAUGUGUUUUUCCAGUGAUACUUUGGAAUGUUCCUAAUCCUUCAGAUACACUAUCCACUAAUGAUGCUGUUCUUCAGAAGAGAAGUCCAAUACUUAUGCUGGACUUGUACUCUGAAUCUUCAAAACUAUAGGGGCAUCCAGGGGUCUCCUGUAAAAGGGCUCAGUAAACUGAAACUGGGAAAUAUGGAAAGCUCCACACCAUUCCCAGAUUACUGGUAUUCACCGGACCCUGAUUCUGAAGACACAGUUUGCAACACGGACACUGUGAAGAGAUUUUUGAAUAUUUUUGGACCCGUUACAUUUUCUUUUAUAUUUGCAUUCGGGCUUGUGGGGAAUGUGCUGGUUGUUGUGACUUUCAGUCGUUACAAGAAAGAAAAGACUAUGACAGAUGUAUAUCUGCUAAAUAUGGCAAUAGCAGACAUAUUACUCAUUUUAACUCUUCCAUUCUGGGCUGUAUAUUAUCAUAAACAAAACUGGAUUUUUAAGGAUUUUAUGUGCAAAUUGGUAAGAUGCAUCUAUGCAAUUAAUUUUAAUUGCAGCAUGUUAUUGUUAGCAUGUGUAGGUAUUGACCGCUAUGUUGCCAUUGUACAGGCAACGAGGUCAUUUAGACUCCGAACCAUAGCACUGGCCUAUAAACGAGUGCUGUGCUUGUCAGUAUGGAUCAUAUCCGCCUGUCUGUCUACCAUUGCAUAUGUAUUUAGCGCAUGUUAUCCAGUGGGAACAGAUGCGUCUUCUGAACAGAUGGCCUGUGAAGCACGUUACCAUGAUGGCUUAACAGCACAGAAAUGGAAAUUCGCAGCUAUAAUGGUUGAGGUUGGUGUAGGGUUCCUGAUUCCUUUUCUUGUCAUGCUAUUUUGCUAUACAUCUAUCAUUAUAACCCUGUUGCAGGUCAAAACUUCUAAAAGACACAAGGCAACAUUAGUGAUUGUUACAGUUGUGGCAGUGUUUCUGUGUUGCCAGGUCCCAUACAAUGCAGUGCUUUUGGCAAAGGCUGCAAAUUUAAUGGGCAAAGGCAAUUGUUCUAAACAAAUAAGCUAUUCAUAUGCAUUAUUUAUCACCAAGGCAUUGGCCUUUUUUCACUGCUGCCUAAAUCCAGUAAUCUACGCUUUUAUUGGUGUCAAAUUUCGAAAUUAUUUUGUGAAAAUAAUGCAAGAUAUAUGGUGCAUGCAAAAACUUUACAGGUCUAGAACCCGUCUUUCUAGAUUAUCCUCUGAUACAGGUAUGUGCACAUCAAGGAUGACAAGUGAGGUCCAUACUAGUGAAGGUGGAUCAUCGUUCACUAUGUAAUAAAAAAAAAAAAUGUAGCAACUUUAUAAUAAGACAAAUGAUAGAUUUAUAAAACAAAAUUAAAGUGGAUAAACUA